UGGGGGCUGGAAGGCGGUGACUCGUGGGCGUGGGGUUCGUGGGCCUCCCGCGGCCGGGAACGGUGGCUCGUGCGGCCGCCUGGCGUCAGGGCGCGGGGCCUCGGGCUUGCCGCUGGCCGCGGGGGCGUCCACGCCCUGGUCUCAGUGGCCCUGAGGGUUCUUAGUUAUUUGCUUUAAAAAAAUUUGUAUUCCUGGGGCCCCACCUGAUUUCCCCACCUAUCUGCUUUCCUUUUUUUUUUUUCUUUUUCCAUGGUUAGCAUUUGCUCUGCUGUUUACUCGAUUAUUCCUGUUUUUCCUGGCCUCUCUCACAUUCCUUUAUUUCUCCUUAUCUUCUCUCCUUCCUAAGGCUAGAUAAGAGUUCUGCAUUACCCUGUCUCCAGCCUGGCUGAACAGCCGUAAUUAGUACAAGCUUUCUUCCCUUUCCUUUUUAAACAUUUUUUCCCCUUCUUACUUCAGGUGGCGCCUUUUUCUAGUUCUUAUUAUUCUGAUCGGUUUUGUGGGACCAGAGUCAAUUCUCAGGCCAAUGUCUGAAGGCAGAUCAUGAUUUAUUAACUGAAGGUGACCUCUUCUUAAGCUCAGUGAAGCCGCCAGAUGCGGGAAUGUUUGCUCGGUCUGAAGCCCAGAUAAGCGCCUCCAUCCGUGAUAGUUAUCCUUGUGACAGGCUCCUGAGGCUCCUGGCCAGAAGCUGGAGGGGGUUGGCCAACAAGAGGGAGAAACGACUCAGCUGUGCUUUCUACCUCUGACUCAGAAAUGUCUGCAGACGGUGGAGGCACCCGGGUUGCCCAGGACAAGGAGCGAGCCCGAGAGGUUCCAGGUCAUGAGCAUCCUUGUCAAGAAAUGCUUUCUGAGUCGGAGGAGAUGGUGCCUUUGGGAGCUGCUCAGGAGUCACCCCACAUCAAGACGGAGCCGGAAGAGCCACACCCUGAGGGGGCAUCGCAGGGGGAUGGGGCUCCAGGAACGCCAGGCUGGGUGUCCCUAAGCCAGGGCUCUAAGGAGAAAGCUCUUUUCCUGCCUGGUGGAGCCCUCCCCUCCCCCCAGAUCCCCGGGCUUGCUCGCGAAGGGAGGACCAGAGACCGGCAGAUGGCUGCGGCACUGCUUACAGCCUGGUCCCAGAUGCCAGUGACCUUUGAGGAUGUGGCUCUGUACCUCUCCCGGGAGGAGUGGGGGCGGCUGGACCAUGCGCAGCAGAGCUUCUAUAGGGACGUCCUGCAGAAGAGGAACGGGCUGUCCUUGGGAUUUCCCUUCAGCAGACCUUUCUGGGCCUCCCAAGGACAGGGCAAGGGUGAGGCCUCGAGCUCGUGCCGACAGAUGGGAGAUGAGGAGGAGAAGCCAGGAGCCACUGAGAUGGGAAAGGAGGAGCCAGCCCCAUCCCUGGCAUCCCUGGCAGCCCUUGGGGAUGUGAAGCCUUUCAGAAGCAGGGUGGGGAGAGCCCAGGGAGACAUCCUGCAGUGCGGGCAGCAAGCAGGCAGCGGCCAGAGCUUGGCGCCAGCCAAAGACGAUGGGCAGCCAGGUCCCCUGGAGGAGAGGCAGGCGAAACCGACCCUGCCCAACACCAGCCUCGAGAAGGCCCAGGAGGGCCACCUUCCAGAGAAACCCAGAGAGGGGCGAACGGGCAGCCCCGAGAGCAGCGAGGAGGGCCUGGCCCCCGACGGUGACGCCAGCAAGAAGACCUACAAGUGCGAGCAGUGCGGCAAGGGCUUCAGCUGGCACUCCCACCUGGUGACCCACCGGCGCACCCACACGGGCGAGAAGCCCUACACCUGCACGGACUGCGGCAAGCGCUUUGGCCGCAGUUCGCACCUCAUCCAGCACCAGAUCAUCCACACGGGCGAGAAGCCCUACACCUGCCCCUCCUGCUGGAAGAGCUUCAGCCACCACUCGACGCUGAUCCAGCACCAGCGCAUCCACACGGGUGAGAAGCCCUACGUGUGUGACCGCUGUGCCAAGCGCUUCACCCGCCGCUCGGACCUGGUCACCCACCAGGGCACCCACACGGGCGCCAAGCCCCACAAGUGCCCCAUCUGCGGCAAGUGCUUCACGCAGAGCUCGGCCCUGGUCACCCACCAGCGCACCCACACUGGGGUCAAGCCCUACCCGUGCCCUGAGUGCGGCAAGUGCUUCAGCCAGCGCUCCAACCUCAUCGCGCACAACCGCACGCACACGGGCGAGAAGCCCUACCACUGCCUCGACUGUGGCAAGAGCUUCAGUCAUAGCUCACACCUCACCGCCCACCAGCGCACCCACCGUGGUGUCCGGCCCUACUCCUGCCCCCUCUGUGGCAAGAGCUUCAGCCGGCGCUCCAACCUGCACCGGCACGAGAAGAUCCACACGACGGGGCCCAAGGCACUGGCCAUGCUGAUGCUGGGGGCGGCGGGGGCGCUGGCGGCACCCCCGCCUGCUCCCACUUAGGAGGCAUCAGGGCAGCGUGAGAAGGGGUGUGGGAAGGGAGCGGGAGGUGCUGGCAUGGGGUGGGGCGUGACAACACAGGAACUAGGGCGAGGCGCGGGCACGCUGGCUGCAAAUUAAAGGCCUUGGAAUUCCAGCCACCACUUAUGUACUGUCUCGUGGGGCCCUGGCGGUGAGUCCGACUGGGGGGCCUCCAGGGUCAGCCACAUCAGCAUGGCUGAGGCAUCCCUGAGUCAUUGCUGUCAGGGCUUGGGUACUCUCUUUCCCUGCCUUGACCUGACUUGGGGCCAGUCCAGAG